AUGACCUUACCAGUUGAUCACUCAGUAACUACGUUGCUCGAGAAGCUAAAUGCUUUGGAGCAGCAGGUUCAGGAACUUGAGAAGAAAACCAAGUCGGUACAAGAGCCUCCGCUCACACCAACCAAAACAGUUGGAAUUCAAGAAGGAAAGCCUGAGCAUGAUCAGGAAAGUGGAGGGAAAAAGGCGAGCAAUGCAAGUGAAGAGACCGGCCCCAACUCUCGGGUGCAAAUUAUCAAGAAAACGAUCAAUCGAGAAACGGGGGAACAAAAUGAAGUUGAAGAAACAAGAGCUUCUGGUACAGAAUCAGAAGACACUAGCAAACGAGCUUUCAUCUUGCGGAAAAUGAUACCUGAGAGGUUCAGUGACCAUGACCCCAAAUCUGAGAUCGAUAUCGUCAACCCUCAUCUAUGGGAUCUACUGAAGAAACAUCUGGGUGACUAUCCAUAUCAUAUGUUCCGGGGUGGACCACUGACAAUCCCGUCACCAUUCGAAGCUAUCGUUUUUGCAUGGGAUACUCUUGAGAAGGUUGUGGUCGAACCAACAGACGACUCAUUCGAGAAACAGGCUCGAGAAGACCUGGGUCUCCUUCUAGGCAUCAUCUCUGGUGGGUCUUCGGGUGAUCCAAAAUUGGACAGAUAUUUCAAAGGGCGAAAGGUAAACACCGAGGAACGCACUGUCCAGUAUGACAAUCUGUGGACUAUAUUUCCUCCAGGAUGUUUGGUUUAUGGGAAGCCUUUCCAAAACCAAGACCAACUGUUCGUUGUGAGAGACAACUUGAGAACUUGGCCUUUUUAUGAGGACACGAACAUCUGGAAACUGGAUGCCUGGACGUUUGACUGGACGGGAGACAAAUUCGAACGCACUUGUUUGACACUGUCGAUCGAACAAUACGAAGGGCAGGAAAAGAUCAUAACUCUGCCUUUCUACCCUUUUGAGUUUCAUCCGGAGUACAGCACGGGAAGGAUACAAAAUGAAUUAUUGGAACGUGGAAAGAAGUUGAGAAAGCUGUCCGAGGCAGAUCAGGGCGCUCGGAUGUUUGAUUACAAUGGCGACUGUAUCUUUGGACAAAAGGGCUUCAGCGGGCUACAAAACGAUGACGAAAACUCAGACACGCAGUCACAGAAUUCGUUUUUCGAGUCGUUGGGUUUGUUAAGGCGCAGAGGUCAUCGUGCACCACCCUCUGAGCUCACAAGGGUCGUACAUGCGAAAUCAACACAUGUAAACAGUAGGAUCAUGGUCGAUCCACUUUCAUACUUCCAAUACGGACCCCCAGUUGCUCGAAAUGGUACACUUGAACCCAGCCACGACGAUUGGAACUGCACAUGCGCAGACUGUAAGAACAACGAUGGAUUAGCCAAGAAAUACAGGACGGAAUUUGACAGUAUGAGCCAUUCAGAAGACUGGGACGACGAGAUGUACAUGCUUUGUCCACCUCGUACCCUGGGCUACAUUCUCGCCCAUAAGCAAUGGGCUCAACUACAGAUCUCGUCUAUUCAAGAUAUUCCUCCAGAUGACCCAGAUAACGCGUGGAACUCUCGACUCCAGCUCGCCGACGACGAGACCAAACAACUCCUCUUCAAUCUAGUACGCAGUCACAAUUCCUUCUCUUCGGAUGAUUCUCAGCGGAAUGUGAAUAAAAAGUAUGAGGCCUACAAAAAACUUGAAGUGAAUGACAUUGUACCCGGCAAGGGCAAAGGCUUGGUGAUUCUUCUCUAUGGACCACCAGGGGUUGGGAAAACAUCUACGGCCGAGACAAUCGCCGUCGCCACUCGCAAGCCUCUCUUCUCCAUUAGCGUUGCUGAUGUUGGAACCAAGGCACGCCAUGUUGAGGCCAAUCUGUCCAAGAUAUUUUCUCUAGCCACCAAAUGGCAGGCAAUCCUUCUCAUUGAUGAGGCAGACGUAUUCCUCGAAAGUCGAAAGACAGGUGCAGGCACCUCCACAGACAAAAACGCUCUUGUUUCCGUCUUCCUCCGUGUCCUCGAGUACUAUCAGGGCAUCAUGUUCCUCACCACAAACCAGAUCGCCCAAUUUGAUGUGGCAAUCCCUUCCCGCAUUCAUCUGUCAGUUCAAUAUGAAACACUGAAGAAACCGCAGAUGGAGAAGAUUUUCAAAGGCUUCCUUGAACCACUAAACGAACAGGGUCUUGUCAAAGAUUACGAGAAAAUUCUUGAAUGGCUCAAGGAAGAUGUCUAUCCCAUUGGAUUUGAUGGCCGGCAAAUUCGCAAUAUUGUCACAACCGCCUUGGUGCUAUCUCGCGCUGACGCACAGUAUGGCAAAGCAAAAGCAAAGUUGACGAAAUCGCAUUUGAAACUUGUUGUGAAUAAUUCGCGUGCUUUCAAGAACGAGUUCAUAAAGCAGUACGAUCGCUAUCUCAGGUCUCAGGACGAUAUGAUUAGCUAA